AAGUGGAGUCCAGGCCGGGCGGUGGGUGGUGAGCGUGCUGCGGUCACAUCUUUCCAACAAGCAGCGGCCGCUGCGGGUUCCCGGGGCGAUGGAGGGGCCGGGGCUGGGCUCGCAGUGCAGGAACCACAGCCACGGCCCCCCGCCUCCAGGAUUUGGUCGGCAUGGCAUCUGCACCCAUGAAAACAAAGAGCUUGCCAAGGCCAGAGAAGUUCUUCCUCUCAUAGAGGACUCUAGUAACUGUGACAUUGUCAAAGCCACCCAGUAUGGGAUUUUUGAACGAUGUAAAGAGUUGAUAGAGGCAGGCUAUGAUGUCAGACAACCAGACAAAGAAAACGUGUCACUUCUUCAUUGGGCUGCGAUCAACAACAGGCUGGACCUUGUGAAGUUUUAUAUUUCGAAAGGUGCUGUCGUAGAUCAGUUGGGUGGAGAUUUAAAUUCAACUCCUCUUCACUGGGCCAUCCGACAGGGGCAUUUGCCCAUGGUCAUAUUGUUGCUCCAGCAUGGUGCGGACCCCACUCUCAUUGACGGGGAGGGAUUCAGCAGCAUUCACCUGGCAGUAUUAUUUCAGCGCAUGCCUAUUAUAGCAUACCUCAUCUCAAAGGGACAGAGUGUGAAUAUGACGGAUGUAAAUGGACAGACACCGCUCAUGUUAUCUGCUUACAAAGUAAUCGGGCCAGAACCAACUGGAUUUCUUUUAAAGUUUAACCCUUCUCUCAAUGUUGUGGAUAAGAUACACCAAAACACUCCCCUCCACUGGGCGAUUGCAUCAGGAAAUGUGAAUGCCGUUGAUAAACUUCUGGAAGCUGGCUCUAGCUUGGAUGUCCGAAAUGUUAAGGGAGAAACUCCCCUGGACAUGGCUCUGCACAGCAAGCACCAGCUCAUCGUCCACAUGCUGAAGGCGGAGGCCAAAAUGCGAGCCAGCCAGAAGUCCCGGCUGUGGCGCUGGCUGCAGAAGUGUGAGUUCUGCCUGCUGCUGAUACUCUCUGUGAUUACCAUGUGGGCUGCUGGAUACAUACUGGACUUCAAUUCGGACUCUUGGCUUUUAAAAGGAUGUCUUCUAGUGACAUUGUUUUUCCUGACGUCUUUGUUUCCAAGGUUCUUGGUCGGAUAUAAGAACCUCGUCUACUUACCCACGGUCUUCCUGUUAAGUUCCACGUUCUGGAUGUUUAUGACUUGGUUCAUACUAUUUUUUCCUGAUGUCACCGGCUCCCCUGUGUAUUUCAUUUUCCUUCUCAGCAUAGUGGCCUUUCUCUACUACUUCUAUAAGACUUGGGCAACCGAUCCCGGCUUCACUAAGGCUUCCGAAGAAGAAAGGAAAGUGAAUAUCGUCGCCCUUGCAGAAACCGGCUGUCUGGAUUUCAGAACAUUCUGUACAUCAUGCCUUAUAAGAAAGCCGUUAAGGUCACUCCACUGCCACGUGUGCAAUGCUUGCGUGGCUCGAUACGACCAGCACUGCGUGUGGACCGGACGCUGCAUAGGUUUUGGGAACCAUCACUAUUACAUAUUCUUCCUGUUUUUCCUGUCGGUGGUAUGUGGCUGGAUCAUGCAUGGAUCCUUCGCCUAUUGGUCAAAUCACUGUGCCACAACAUUCAAGGAAGAUGGCCUUUGGACCUACCUCAGCCAGAUCGUGGCCUGCUCUCCAUGGAUUUUAUAUAUCUUCAUGAUAGCAACUUUUCAUUUCUCAUGGUCGACAUUUUUAUUCGUGAACCAACUCUUUCAGAUUGCUUUUCUGGGCCUGACCUCCCAUGAGAGAAUCAGCCUGCUGAAGCAGAGCAGGCAGAUGAAGCAGACCCUGUCCCUCAGGAAGACACCGUACAACCUUGGAUUCACACAGAACCUGGCAGAUUUCUUCCAGUGCGGCUGCUUCGGCCUGGUGAAGCCCUGCGCAGUGGACUGGACGUCCCAGUACACCAUGGUCUUCCAUCCAGCCAAAGAGAAGGUUCUGCGCUCUGUGUGAGGCGAAGCAUCUCGAGCUGUCAUCCUGGCCUGUUUGUGUUUUUCUUCAGACCGCUGCCAGGGCCCAGAGGGGAAGUGGAGUCUAGAAAGAUGAACUACUCCAAGUACUCUUGGCAGACACCGUUAAAACAAAAAAAAAAUUUUUUUAAAGACUUAUAUUUUUCACAAAGAAAGAUAAAUUACUUUUUUUGGAGAUAUAUUCAUUGCUUAUGGAUAAAGUAGAAUAUUUUCAGAUAGUAAAUUGGCUGUUUCAAAAUAGGGCUGUUCUUUGAACAUGUAAUUUUUGAUAAGUUAUUUGUCAUGGUUGUAUCUAUAAAUAUGUAAAGAAUAUUUAAGUAGGUAACUGUUUUGC